AUGACUGACCCUUUAUCUAUCUCCGUGGCGGCUCUAGCGUGCGUUGGGGCCGCUGCUACACUGACCAAGACGAUACACAAGCUCAUUCUGUUACAAAACGCCCCACAAGAGAUUUCAGAGCUAGCAAAGGAAAUCAAGACGAUCCAGACGCACCUGGAGGGCUUUCACGAGGUGGUGAAAGAGCGCGGCAACGCGCACACCACCAUUGCUGCAGCUUUACCGAUCGACAAAUGCAUCAACGACGCACAACAGAAGACUACUCAGAUCAACACUUUCCUGGAGACUAACUUGUUGAAAGAGACCUCGUUGGCAACAAAGAAGCUGAAGAAAUCUGCCUGGCUCAAGUGGCAGUCUGAACUCCGUCGCCUGAAACAAGAGCUGCGAGAUAUCAGGGUCGAGCUUGGAAUCAAUAUCAACUUAUUCAACGCGAUCUCCGUCCGUCGCAAUGAAGUUCUCAUUGAGAAGCUUGCCAUCGAUGACCGGGACAUGCACGCCAAACACAACAAAGACCUGAAAGCUCUUCAUGAAGAGCUUUCGCAGCAGCGGCCUGCGCUAGCCGCAGAACUAGCACUGCAGCUGUCAGAAUUCAAAGGUGCAUUCCAAGUCUCAUUGCUAGAAACCGUGGUCGCCUCAAUGAGUCGUCGAGAGUCCAGUUCUUCAGAUGGCCUGGCCUCCGAUGGCGACUCAGUUGCUGCCUCUGCAAGUCAGAGCUCUUCAAACGCCUCCACUCUCGUCCCAUUCAACGAUCCUUCGGCCGACUUGAUCCUGGCUGGCCGAAGGCAUUCUGAGACGUCUUUCGCACAACAACCGGAGGGAACACUCCAUGCACAAGAGUUACGAGCACGCAGCUGGUCUACCGGCAAUGCUCAUUUUCCUGAUGAUCACCUUAUCCACGGAUCGACCUCUUCGACUGCGCCAAUCUGGCGUUCCGACAACGAUUCGUAUGCUACGGGACAUUCGUCAAAACAACCGACUGUUGGCAUACAACUCAUGCAGCGCUUGUCGGGCUGCAGGCCACUCUGCCCUUGUCAUUGCCAUCAUGCUUUCAAGUUGAGGACUCCCGACGUGCUACGCAAUGUCACGGGCCAGGUUCUGGUUGACUAUUCGGGUAUGGGCUACAAUGUCACAUGCAACGAACAUGCCUGUGCGAAGAGGCAGAAAGCCGCCUUAAGGAUUCAAUACCACUUCCCCAUGUGGUCCUACAUUCAAGGAGUGCUUACUCUCGUGUCGAGGAUCAAUGGCGCGCGUGGACCAGAGAAAAUUCUCAGACUGUCAAGGUUACGUCCCGGACUGCACGAAGUGUUCAUUCAAGUUCAGAGCGGAGACAAUGGGCGUCUUCGGCAAAUGUUCGAGAACGGAGAAGCUUCUCCAUACGAUGCUACUGAUACCGGCUGGACAUUACUGCAUUAUGCACUGAUGGCGGGACAACUGCACACCGCCAAAUUCUUGACAGACGCUGGUGCUGACCCACAUGCUAACUCCCUUCGAAAUGAGACACCUUACUCCAUAGCUUGGAAUCGCCUCUUGGCAGGUGGCCUUAACCGCGAGUCUGAACUUGCCCUUCGUUCCAUUUUCAAUGACACCGAACAGCUGGACUCACGGCGGUUCACCAUGCUUCACAAGAUUGUGCUCGGAUUGUUUGGGAGGGGCCUGCGCGAAGAACUAGAAGCCGCAACAGCCAGCAUCAAUGUCAGGGAUGGCACUGGCUACACGCCGUUGGCAUGGGCCGCUGCACGUGGCGAUAAAGACUCGGUCCAAACGCUGCUUGAGUAUGGAGCCUCAGUGACGAUGACCAACAACGUACACCACCAGCCAAUCCAUCUAGCAGCCCAGACUGGCAACGUAGAGACAGUUCGGACGCUGAUCCAGCACGGCGCAGACAUCAAUGCCCGAGCGCAGGACACCCUCAUGUCGCCACUGCACGAGGGCGUCGGGACGAAGGACGACCGAGAACACGUGCAGGGCCUCAUUUAUCUCGACGCUGAAGUGGAAGGUCUCGACUUUUGCGGAUGGACGCCACUACACUGGUGCUGCUGGCGAGGAUAUCUCCAAAACUUGACAGCCCUUCUCGAUUCAGGUGCAAAUGUGCAUGCUCGAACGAAGGAUGGCAACGCACCGCUCAUGCUUGCCGUGGCAAACAACAGCGUCAACUGUAUACCGGCUCUAGUAGCCGCUGGUGCAGAGACAAAAGUCGUCAAGAACAAUGGAUGGAGCCUUCUGCAUUAUGCUGCAGUCGGAGGCAAGGUUGAGACAUUGCGAGCGCUGGCUAAGGCCGAUCUUUCGAGAUGCGACUUGUACAACCAGCGCACAGUCGAUACGAAGCAGUCAGUUCACGAUAUGUUCUCGAACAGACUGGCAGCUCUGGAACAUCGACCAGACGAACUCCGUGAGAUUCAAGACGCCUGGGACGUUCUUGUCGAACGAGUUAAUUCGAGUUUUGCUACCAGUCGGCGGACCAGUACUUCUUCUUUGGCCAGUACGAACGAUAGCGAUUUUGUGGAUGCUUGUAGCGACUUGGCUGACCUUUCUCUGCAUGAUGGGGAAGAGUGA